AUUAGUCCAGAGCUGCUCAGUCGUUCAGUACAUCUGUAGUGCUCGAUCCGGCAGCAUCUCUCUCUCUAGAAAGUGUUCUGUCGUUCUUCGUGCUGAACACCAAGUGAGUCGCGGAUUCCAACCUCAAGUCCUAACCGAUUUUGGCCCCCAGCGGCACAAGCACACAUUGCCUUGCAACGGCAACAUGGCUGCCAAAUCGAGCUUAUUUCUGCUGGCGAUAGUCAGCGCGAUGGCAUCACUGGUACUCGCCCAACAGAAAGUGGACGUAACAAACCAGGAAAUCCGCGAUGCCAUCCUGUCGCUGGUGCACUCGUACAACCUGCUGGACAACAAGCUGGAGCGGCACGAGCAGCGCGAGCGCUCCCUCGGCGAACAGGUCAAAAAGGGGCUGAUCACGCUGCAGAAGAACCAACGGAUAUUUGAACCGCUAAAGGGCACCAUCACGCGGCUGGAGGAACGCGUCGGCAGCAUCGAAACGGCUCUGCUUAGCCAAGACGAGAAGAACACCAUGCAGCAGAUGAAGCUGAGCGAAACGCUCGAGGGCGUGCUGAGCUGGUUGACGGAGAAUGCGCACACGCUGGAGGCUAGAGCGAGACCGGCCGAUGAAGACGGAAGCUUGGCUGCCAAGAUUGAGGAAUUGACGCACGUGAGUCGCGAUCUGAUCAACCACGUGGAGAAGCUCACCAAGCGUGAGUUUGGUUCAUCGGACGAGAUCGUCGGUAAGAUCGAAGAGCGGCUUUCGUCGUACUACAACAAUCCGGUGGUGAUCCCCGCCAACACUGACUUUGAGGAGAAGGUCAUCAAGAAGCUGGACUCGAUCGAGAACAUUGCUCAGGAGACGCGAACGACUGCGGUGGCUGCUCCAGCGGCCGGGUCAACGCUCGAUAAGGAGUUCGUCCAUGGACUGGUCAACGAAACGCUAGAAGCCAUCGAGGAUAUGCGACUGGAAGUGUUGACGGCUUCCGAUAAGAGCUUCUCAAAGACGGCGACCCGCAUCAAGGAGAACAACGAAGGGCUGCAGGCUUCGGUCAACGAGAUCUUGAAGACGCUAUCGGAGGAGAUUGUCGACUCGGAAGCAUUCUUCUCUGCCACCAAGAAGGACAUUGGUUCACUGAAGGAUGAGAUUGCUGCACUGAGCCGGCUGGAGAAAUUCCUGCUGCAGACGGGUGAAAAUGUGCUGGACGCCAAACGUGGCAUCGAUUACGGCAUCCACCAAAUUCUGCGCGAAGUUACCGACGUAGUCAAGGCCAACUCCAAGGAGCUCAACUCAACGGUUACGAAGCGUUUCGACGAAAUCGGUGCCACAAUCCUGGACAACCACAACGGAGCACUGAGCAACCUUAGCUCAAAGAUCGAAACGGAAAUCAGCCAGGUUUGGCGCCAGAUCGGCAUCAUGUACCAGGAGAUCUCUUCCAGCAAGCAAGCCCUGGAUAGGCUGCAGCAACAGACGGAAUCGUACGUCAACGGCACUCUGACUACGAUGGACAGUAUGGAAGGAAAGGUCUCCCUGAUUACCGGUCGCAUGUCCGAGGUGGACUCCAACCUGAACUACCUUCUCGGUCGUCUUUCGCUGGUGACGCAAGAGUUCAACAUGAUCAAGGUGGGUCUGGGCAAAGCACUAGACGAGAUAAAGAGUAGCUUCAAGGAGGUGGAGAACCAGGUCAAAGGUCCCGGCCCGCACAGGAUCUCCUCGGAAGAGGUUGACGACGGGGUGAACCAGGAAGCGUAGAGGGCCGUAGCUUGGAGCUGAACGAAUGAAUUUACUUUCUCUAUCGCCGUCGAAGGUGCGAACGCGCGCGCCGUUGAACCAAAGAAGAGCAUUAGAGGUGUUGGCGCUUGCGAGGCGGUGGUAGAAGUUUGUGUGCUUAAAUAUUUAAGUGGUGAAAUACUUAUAGACUUUUUUCAGUUUUGAAGAUAAUUGGGGAGAAGUAUAAGGUUUUUGAUAACGAUAUCAUUUAUGUAUACUUCCUUCCUUUUGAACUAAGCUUUUAUUAUGCCAAUUCAUGUAAUUAUUAAUGACAAAUAAA